AUGGCUGGCACUUCGCUAGCAAUGCGCUUAAUGGCCUCCCGGUCUACUGUGCAGCUGUCCUCGCUGUCGCGCCGCUCCAUCGCGACCUCGCAGGCCCUCCGCGCAGAGCCGCUCCGCCCUAACUUCCAGUCCAUCUCGCGUAUUGCUCGCCGCGGCUACGCUGAUGCCGCCCCGUCUCCUUCGCCUGCUACUCCUUCGCCCUCGCCCGCUCCCAAGCCCAAGAAGCGCUUCCGCGUCCUGCGCUGGGCAUGGCGUCUGACCUGGCUGUCCGCCCUCGGUCUCACCGGUGCCCUGUCCUUCAGCAUCUACUCCCUUCGUCACCCCGAGGAGCAGAUUGAGCCCGACCCAGAGAAGAAGACCCUGGUCAUUCUCGGAACCGGUUGGGGUGCAGUCUCCCUCCUGAAGAAACUCGAUACCGAGAACUACAACGUCAUCGUCGUCUCCCCCCCGUAA